GUGUUGAAGGUUGGGCGUGACGGUGCCUGAGGGUGGCCAAUAGUGGGGCAGCUGGAGACGCGCCUCACGGUGGGUUUGUGUGAGUGCCUUUAAUGCCCUGCCGGAGUGCCAGGGACAGUGCCGGGCGUGCACUGGCUGGAUAACUGCUCAGGUGAGGCCUCCCUGCCUGCCCUCCUGCUGCUGCGGCGCCAAGCGGGCAGGUUCCGUGCCUGUCCCGAGUCUCCGGAUGCCACGCUCGGGGUAGUGACGAGGCGCAGCGCAGCGGUGCCAACGCGGCUGUGCGGAGGACGUGGAUAACGGCGCCGGCGGCAGCAGUGGGAAACAGCAGGAGGGUGAAGUCCCUCGGGCGCGGGCAGGAGGUGAGCCCCCCCCCCAGGCAACCAUGGGGCGGGGGGGCGUCGUGGGGGGUAGGUAGUGGCCAGCAUGGCGCACCUCCACGACCAUGAUCACGACAACGAUGACAUCGAAAGGGAGUUGUACCAGCUGGGCCUCACCGACACUCCACCGCCCCCGCCGCCCGCUCUCCGCGGCGCCCUCCCUGCAGCCUGGCCGCCCGCGCCCUCCGCCCGAAGUCGUUCCGCCCCAUCCAUUCAAGAAGACUCGUUUGUGGAUCCUCCAGUGGGCGUUCACCCCCUACCUCCGACGGCCCCUCUGACCCAGCAUGUCUUCGCUACCGGCGAUUUGGGCGGCAGAGCCCGGCUUGGUCUGUGGGGCGGCGCCCCUCCACCUCGGUUUGCCGUGCACCACAGCCUUACCAACCUGUCCCUUGACAAUGUGGGUCACGCCAACCAGCCUCCCGCCAACCCCAAUCCCGCCCCCACCCCAGGCCCGCCACCUACCGUUGCCGCCGCCGCCGCUGCUGCUGCUGCGCUCUAUAACGGCGCCCUGGGACCCACCGGGGGGGAGGAGCCGCCUGAUGCUACGCUGGCGGACCUACCUGCGCUGACCACGGCGGCAGCGGCGGCGGCGGCGGCGGCGGCAGUGACGGCAUGGGGUUAUGACCCUGGAGGAGUGCAUUACCCGGGACACGUGAUGCCGCAGGACUUCAACACAUUGCCGCGUGGGCCAAGAGGCACCUCGCCGCACCCCGAUCUCACUGAUGAGGAUGAGGAGCGGCUGGCGGCACUGGUGGCUAGCGUGGAGGCGGCGCUGCGCAGGAUCCACUCCGGACUGCAGGAGUCCUACAUCAAGUACGAAAACCCUGACGACGAGCAGGACCCGCCGCCCCCCCAGCCCGUCACGGCCAGUCUCAGGGACCCGCCGCCCUCCCCAGUGCCCCCUCAUGAACCUGCGGGCUCUCCGCCUCCCCCAGCCAGCCCUCCGGCGCCCCUGGCUCCAGGGCCUCCACCUGGAGGGAUCGGAGUGGGCGCACCUCGCCUUGUGGGACCAGACAAUGCUUCGCUUCUAUCGCGGCAGCUGGGUUUCAUUCCCAUCCAGGAAGGCGCCCCCCAACCUCCACCACCACCUCCCCGCCCCGUUGAGCAUCAUAAGCCCCACCACCACCAUCACCAUCACCAUCAUCAUCACCACAGGCUCAGCAAGAAGGUCAAGAAUCAUAAGUCCAAGGUGCUACUCUCUGGGCUGAUGAGCUGUCCUGGGCCGGGCUUUAGGCUGCUGCACCUCAGGCGAGACCCUGCGUCGGGCCAGGGCUUCGGUUUCUCCAUCAAGGGCGGACGCGAGGCCGGCAUUGGCGUGUACGUGUCGCGCGUGGAGCAGGGCGGCUCGGCGUGGCGGGCGGGGCUGCGGCCUGGGGACCUGCUGCUGGCCGCCGACAACACCAACUUCUCGUCCGUCACGCACGCCGAGGCCAUCGCUCUCCUGAAGUCCGCGGAGGAGGUAACGCUGACGGUGGCGACGACGAGUCAGCUCCCGGCGACGGUGGUGGUGGCACAGACCUACUCCUGGGUCACCGCCGACGGCCGCGCCACCUCCCCGCCGCCUGAGUACAACCCGCGCCUCCACCACCACCAGGUCUCGACGGUCGAGGUAGAGGUGGUGGGGUCGGAGUCCCUGGGUCUUAUGAUCAGAGGUGGCGUCGAAUACUCGCUGGGAAUCUUCAUCACCGGAGUGGACCAGGACUCGGCUGCUCACAAGGCCGGCCUCAAGGUAGGCGAUCAGAUCUUGGAGGUGAACGGCGAAAGUUUCCUGGCCGUCACUCACGACACUGCGGUCAACAUCCUCAAGUAUUCCCGCAGCCUCCGCCUGUGUGUGCGGCGCGUGGGACGAAUUCCUCACUCCUGCACCACCUACGACCGCCGCUCCUGGCCGCCCUCCGUCAAGAAAGACGACGGGAGGUCCGCCGAAAACAUGGAGGCGACGCUGGCGAUGAUUGAGGAGAAAUCGGAGCGAGUGUUGACCAGGGCUGCCCACGCGAGGCUCCGGGAGGUGGUGAGUGACUACGCGGCGGGCAGGGUUCCCAUCCACCACCUGCUCACCAUCGCCAACGACCUCCUCACCUCCCCCGACAAGCUGAGUCUGCUGACGGAGCUGCGGGAGGCGGUGCGGCCCGAGGACCAGCCAAUGUUCGAUGCGGCGGUGUUCCGCGGCGCCGCCAGGCCCCGGGAGAAGACAUCCGCGUACGGGGAACCACAAGUCUCCAAUUUGGAUGAUUUCAUCGACUACUUCAACAACCGAAUGGAAACCCAGGGUGGUGGUGGUGGUGGUGGCGGUGGUCAAGUUGGCCCGGAGGAGACAGCGACCCUGGGCCACCCUCCUGUGGACCACGGCAGAGGAGAGGCAGGCCACGCCAUCCGUGCUUCACCGCCUAGCGAGGACUCCGGCGUGGAACUGAGCAAUGGAGGGAGAAAACGAAGCAGCAAAGGCAAAAGAGAAAACGGCAAGGAAGGGGUGACUUGGGCAGACGACGCCGCCAACAAUCGAGUGAUCGCCAAGAGCCAGGAGUUCGAUGGCGGGGACUCUGGUAAAGGAAGAUACGAAAGUGUUGGAGGGGAGGUUGAUGAGCGUCACUCCCCUCGCCCUCACCCCAAUCAACACCACCACCACCACCACUACGCCGCAAGUCAGCCCGAACAGGAAAAGAUACUGGUUAAGAGGUUCUCUGAGAGACAGUUGCCAAAGCUCCACGAUGUGUUGGGCGGUGCUAAGCAGCAGCCCCGCCGACACAGCCACACGGGGGACGCGGCGGCCCUCGGCAAGGCUCUGGCCAAGCCGCCGGGCUCCCACCACCACGCCCACGGCCCGCGCUCUGGCCACACCCGCAAACAGUACGAUGACUUUGAGCGGCCCUCGGGAAGUAGGGGUCGUGAGGAGUACGAAGGGAUGACGUCUUCUCCGUCCCGUGCAAGGUCUUCCCCACGCGGGAGGGAGGAGUACGACCCUCAAGGGAUGCUGAGGGACGACUACGACUCGUCGCCCCAAAGGGUGAGGCACGACUAUGACCAUUCGUCUCAGUCUAGAGUUAGAAAUGACUAUGACCAGGCAAGGAACGACUAUGGGGAGUACGAGAGAGCGAGAACGAGGGAGGAGUACGAGCGACACUCCCCACAGACCCGCGCCAGGGACUACUCCCCGUCGCGCGGCCUCAAGGACGACUACCCCUCCCUGGAGGAAUACGAAAGCUCCCAGACCCCAAGGAGGAGGGAGGAUGUAGGGGAGAAUGGAGGCGACGAGGACGAAGAAAUUGACUUUGACCUUGAGGAGACAACCACGACCCCCACCGCCCCCUCCUCCGUCAGGGUCCUCGACGACUACGGAGACAGCAGACUACGGAGCGACUUCGACUAUGACCCCGCGCAGUCAAUCCGCCGCAUAGACGAUUACUCUCGGCGUGAAGACUAUCCCCACAACACCCACGUCCACCACCGGUCCCUCCAGCACAACAACGGUGAGGACGACGACUACCGGUGCCCCGAGGGAGACUAUGAAGGGUACGGGCGUCACUACCGGGAUAUGAUGGAGCCCGCCUCACCCAGCCUAAGGAGCCACCGCCACCUCCACCCCCACCACCACCAUCAACAUCAACACCACCAUCAUCACCAUCCCACCGACAGUCGACAAGUGUGCGGGGACGGCGGAAGUGUGGGCGGCGGGGGAAGCGGCAGCGGGGGCGGCUCACCCUCGUCUCCUGGGGGAAAGGUGAACAGCGCCCCUCCCAGCAUCGACGACUCAAGGGACGACACACACACACCCUUUGCCUGCAGCAGGGGCCGACGGACCUCCCUCGUGGUGAGUGACAGCCAGGGACGGUUUCGCGUGGUGGUCAAGAAAACGCGACCCAACCUGGGCAUCGCCAUCGAGGGGGGCGCCGACACCAAGCAGAAGCUGCCGCGGGUCAUCAACAUCGCGGCCAACGGGGCGGCCUUCGAGGCGGGCGGCCUGAGGGUGGGACAGCUGAUCCUGGCGGUCGACGGACAGAAGCUGGACGGUCACAGCCACGAGGAGGCGGCCCGUCUCAUCGCCGGGUGUUGGGUGAGCCGCUCCAGACCCGAGGUGGAGUUCAUGGUGGCUGAGAGGAAACAGACGGCCGCUGAUGUCCGCCGCUCCUCCAUCUCUCUUCUCUCCCAAAUGUGAAAAACAAUCCUUACCCCUUGCCCCUUGGUCGGUUCAUGUAUCUGUGCUUCCCUUGCGGCCCUACACUUUAGCUUGCUGCCUUUGUUCUGGUGCGUUCUGUGGCCAUGGGCGUCGAUCGAGGCGAGUGUUCUGAGGGCGGGAGGUGGGACGAAUGGAGGCUGCGAUAAGAGUUGCUUCUCCGCGUCGCUUCGUGCUGAUUGCUUGCGUGCCUGCAUAAUGGUUAACAUAGGUCAUAAGUAUUUAACUAAAGUAAUAAGUAUACCACAAAUGAAACCAGUGAGGGUAAAAGAAUGAGUAAGGCAGGAAGACCGGAAAGAAUAAAAGUAGAACAUCAAAGAAAAUAAAAAUGGAAGGUUGUGAGUAAAGUUUGCAUUUCUGGUUACACAAGGAAUAUUGAUGCACCUCAGAGUCACAAGUUACGAGAAGUUUAGCCAUGACGAGGCGGUUUUUUUCUUAUCAGUGUUCCUAGUGUGAUCGACGCCCAUGCUGCAGCCCACCACGAUGAUCAAGCUCUGGGCCUGUUUUCUCGCUCUCGUAGAAAGGCAAGUGAGUAGGGUUGACAGGGAAGAUGUAACAAUAUAGUAACCAUACUAACCCAAAGGCAAGAACUAACGAAUGUGUGGACGUAUACCAGCCAAACUAACAUCACCUUGGUAGAGUACGGGAUGCACAUCUUACACACUAACAGGUGUUUCGAUAAUCACUGCAUGGAGUCUUUUGUUCAUCAGCCAAAACAGACCCAAGUUCUCGGGGCAGUUUGAGGCAUGGUUUUUUUUCCAGAAAUGUUAAGCAGCACCGUCAGUCAUUCGUAUUGUAAAGUUAGGUAAAAAUCCUGCCUUUUUGAUAUCUCUUCUGCCAGUUUAAGAAAUUUAUACUGAGCUUGUACAGUAUACAUCUCUUAAAGUUCUAAGAAACGGGUUGAACGCCGUAGCAAUUGAUAAUAGUUCGGUCCGUGGCGCGUUCGUUGCCGGCGCGUUGGUCAAGGCGCACCGAGACCACGUCAUGCCAGGCACAACUCCACAACCAAACAUUACACGACGGACAGCAAAAUUUACGUGUGAUUACAUACCUCAACUAUGCACUACUACACUGUACAUACGAACUGACGCAGAUAAGACUUCCGUGAGGUUGGUAACUGCUCGAGUUCUGGACAUUUUCUAUGCAUUUCUGCAAGCGAGGUCAGUCACGACGGGGAGGUGCCACUGUUAGAGGUGCUGAAUCGAUGAUAUUUCAGCGUUGCAAAUGCUAACUUGCCCCAUCCGUACCAGUCAUUUUACAUUUUUUUUUUUUUUUUUUUUUUUUUUUAAUAAUGCUCGGUGAGACUAAAUGAGACGAGAUGCUCCAGAGGAUCGGCGCGACAUGUAUGGAAGCACACACUCCCUCUGCGGUGAGGAACGCUCUGCCCCUCCUGGCUCUCGUGGCUGUGAAGUUGUUCCUGUAGCCCACCGAGCACUCGUCUGACUAAGAAACACAUGUAUGACGCAUGUCUCGGAUGAUAAAG